UCGAGGCCAUGCCCACGACAGAAGGCAUCCACCAGGUGAGCGAGGAGAAGAGGCCCAUUGUAAGCUUCAUCUGGGUCUGCGGGAACUGAAGAGAGCAGCCUGUUAACAAGCAGAGCUUCACUGCGGUCCUGCAACAGUGAGAGCUAUGACUCCCCGACUCUUCCUGUGGCUCCUGGCUCUGGGACAGAUGGGCGCGGUCCUGUCCUGCCGGGUGGGCACCCUGGAGGAAUGCCAGAAAGCGUCUUUCGUUCCCGGGCACAACCUGGCGGGAGAGGGCUUCGAUAUGGUGAAGCUUCAGCACAAAGGCGCCUACGUGAUCGACCUGCAGACCUUCCUGGACCCCAGCGACUCGUGCACGCUCUGUGAGAACACCCUGCAUGGCGACCAGCUUCAGAAACUGCCACUGUCCAUCCUGGACUGGCGCUCCUUCACCAGCUGCCGACAGGAGCUGUCCAGCGCUCUGCUGAACACCGUCACUUCCGUGGCCGACAGCGCCACAGACCUCAUCGAGAACGACUGGACCGUGGGGCUGGGCCUCGGGGACACGGUGGAUCUGACCGUGGGCGGCAGCCACUCCAACGCGGUUGAGUUCGCCACCGCCGCCUCCACGAUGGACAAGUCCGUCUUCACUUCUCACCAGCUCAGCUGUGGCCACUACAGCUACCGUGUCUCCGGGAACCCGCCUCUCAGCUCCGAGUUCCGGGAGCAGGUGCGCUCUCUCCCGCAGGAUUACGACCCAAACACCCAACACCUGUACCAGAGAUUCAUCAGCACCUACGGAACCCACUACAUCCAGCAGGUGCAACUGGGCGGCCGUCUAAAGAGGCUCACCUCCAUCCGCACCUGUCUGGCCUCUGUCAACAACCACUCGGCCACCAAGGUGAAGGACUGCCUGAACACGGGCCUCUCUGUGGGGCUGGGCUUUCUGGAACCUUCCGUUACGACCAGCCAGUGCAGAUCUCUGCUGGAGAACCAGGACAGCCAGACGGGAUCCCAGCUGUCCUAUCUGAACCACAUCACCGAGGUGCUCGGGGGCGACAAGUGGCUGGGAGAGGUGUCCCUGUUCAAGAACGACUCCGUCGGGUUCCGACGCUGGCUGACCAGCCUCAAGGACGCCCCGGACAUCGUGUCGUAUUCCCUGGUCCCCCUCCACGAGCUGGUUCCCGACCCCGUCGUCGGGGGAAACGUGAAGACCGCGGUCAACCAGUACCUGAGGGAGAACGCCAUUGCCAAGGACAAGGCGCCUCAGCAGUGUUUCGGGCAGCCCAAUCUCUCCUCCGACUGCUGCCCCCUGCAGCCAAUGAGGGGCCGGCUCCGGGUGACGGUGAUCAAAGCCUGGGGGCUGGACGGGGACCCCGUGGGGAGCACGGACCCCUACGUGAAGUUCUGGUACUGGCACCACUUCCAACAGACCCACUGGAUCAAAUCAGAAGACAACCCCCACUGGAACUCUGUCUACGACCUGGGCCAUGUGGAGGCCUUCCACGAGCUGAAGCUGGAGGUGUGGGACAAGGACGUGACGUACGACGAUCUCCUGGGCACCUGCCGCACGCGACUCCAGGAGGGGACCCACACCAUAAGCUGUGGCCUGAGCAAGGGAGGCUUCUCCUACUCCUACACCCUCACCUGCGACCCACAGCUCAGCGGCUACCAGUGCGCCAAGUACAAGCCUGCCCCCCAGUGACAGAUCAGGAGAUUACAGGCUAAAUCCGAUCUGGUAGCAAAAAGAUCAGAAAAUUGUCCUUCCACUAUAAUUAAUGAACAGUUGAUUACCUCUUGAUUAUGUGGCGCUUCAGGUCUACUAAUGAAAAGUACUAAUGCACAAGCUCAAACGAUCCAGAAACCUCCAGAAUGAAUGUUAGGGAGAGGUUCUGGAGCAUCCCAGAAUUCAAGUAUUCAUGUAGGCAGGAGAAGGUUGAGCAUCUCUGUGAGAGAACUCCUGGUAGUAGAAGCUGGAGUGACUCGAUGCUGACAGUCUUACGGUUUCCAUGUAGAUUUGGGCUGAUUUCCCAGUUGCUGUUGUGAAUCUGAUUCAUUCUGUACUGCCUCUCCAAACGCAUGUUAAAUUAAAGAGAAGGGCCAAAAAGGA